GGAGUUGAAAUUGAAACUAUUAAACGUGAUACGGUCACUAUCAAUUAUGUUGGAACUUUGAAGUCAAACGGGAAACAGUUUGAUGCUUCAGGAUCAAAACCAUUCAAGUGCAGAAUUGGUGUCGGUGAAGUGAUUCAAGGUUGGGAUGAAGGUGUUGUGCAGCUCAGCCUUGGACAAAAAGCUAGACUCAUCAUCACUUCAGAUUAUGCAUACGGUAGUAAAGGCUUCUCAACCCUUAUCCCACCUAAUUCAGACCUUGUUUUUGAGGUUGAACUUCUCAAAAUCAAUUAA